CUACCUCUAUCACAUUACUGGAGAGAAAAAUGGCGAGUAUACUGCGGCUCCCGCUGCGACUUUUCACCCAAAAUGCGGCGAAAAUGAGCCGAAACACGGGCUCUAAAACAUCCAACAUAUCCAGGACGACUCAAAGCAGGACGUUAGUAUCAACGGCGUCGGGGGCAAUCCUACCGAAACCGGAUAAAACACCAUUUGGUCUUAUCCGCAUGACAAUAGUGGUGGUGCCUUUCCUGUAUGUGGGAACUCUGAUCAGCAAGAACUUUGCCGCUCUCUUGGAGGAGCACGACAUCUUUGUCCCUGAAGACGACGAUGACGACGACUGAGCCAACUCCAGAAAAUGAAUGGGUGCUUUGCAAUAUUGAAUGAGAGCACACCAGCCGGCUCAAGGAAGAAGGGGAAGAUGGGGCACUUUGACAUCUAAACACAUCCACCCAUCUCCUCCCUCUCUCGUCUGCUAUUUAGGUUGUUUUCGCUGAAUUCAUUUUUUUGGAAAUCUCAUAUCAUGUGAGGCUAUCAAAACUUAUAGUUAUGCCUUCACUCUUGUUUGCAUGUUUGUCUGUCAACUCAAUAAAGGGAGUCGAUUACACAUGGAUAAA